GUCAGUGUUCGCACAUGGGAUAGCGAAUCAGUUGCGCUUUUGCGCUCCAGCCUGACGAACUCACGGACGCGCGAGACCAGCCGCCGCUCAUCGGUGCCGCGCACGGGCUGAGGACUCUAUUCCCGUACCCUACUGCAGAGUUUUUAUUUUUAUACAUCUUUUUUAUUAUUAUUAUUAUUUCAUUUCUCCAGGAAGAUUGUUCUUUCCUUUACGCCAUGGAGAAGAUGUCUCGACCUCUUUCUAUAAACCCAACUUUCCUACCUCCGACUCACGGCGUCUUGAAAUCCCUGCUGGAGAACCCCACUAAACUGCCCUUUCAUCACGAUGAAGGGUUCGGGAAAGAGAAGGAAAAGAAGCUGGAAGAGGAUGGAAACGGUCUAAACACCCCUCAGUCUGCCUUCCUGGGGCCGACGCUGUGGGACAAAACCCUGCCGUACGAUGGAGACAACUUCCAGCUGGAGUAUAUGGACUUAGAGGAGUUUCUGCUGGAGAACAAUAUUCCCGCCAACUCUCAGAGCGAGCAGAACCAGCCUUCCCAGCAGCCCCUGCCACCACAGCCUCCCUCCACCCCGCCGACCCCCUCAGUGGUGGACCUCAGCAACCGGGCCACUACCUCCGUUCACUCUGGGAUCGGGGGCCAGAACUGCCUCCAGAGUCCCAGCAGAGCAGUUCUCCCCUCGUCCCGGGACACGCCCAGUCCGAUAGAUCCCGACUCCAUCCAGGUCCCGAUCGGGUACGAGCCGGACCCCGCUGACCUGGCCCUCUCCAGCGUCCCGGGACAGGAGAUCUUCGACCCUCGCAAGCGCAAGUUCAGCGCAGAGGAGCUGAAGCCACAGCCCAUGAUCAAGAAGGCGCGCAAGGUCUUCAUUCCUGACGAUAUGAAGCAGGAUGACAAAUACUGGGCACGGCGUAGAAAGAACAACUUCGCGGCCAAGCGGUCCCGGGACGCUCGCCGGCUGAAGGAGAACCAGAUCGCGAUCCGCGCGGGAUUCCUGGAGAAGGAGAACCAGGCGCUCCGACAGGAGGUGGCCGACCUGAGGAAGGAACUCGGCCGCUGUAAGAACGUUCUGGCCAAAUACGAGGCGCGACACGGCCCUCUGUGAGCCCCUCCCACCCCCACUCAAGCCCCGCCCACAUCCACAAAGCCCCGCCCCCAGGAACUUCUGCGUGCCCCUUUCAGAGGCGCCAAAAUUCUCCUCUAAUUUUUCACGGUUCUCUUUUCUUUUCUCUCUCAAAUCGAUAUUUGAUUUCGUGUUUCGGUGUGUAUCUUUCCUCCUCGUAGAAUCUCACUUCUCUCUCUUUCCUUCGUCCAUUUAUUCCUUCACCAACGACGGAUCGUUUGUUUCGGGAAUGAUCCUACAUGGUUUCUCUGGAACGUUUCGAACACGGACUGAUAAAUGUUUCCCUCGCUUCUCGCCCUCCUGUCUGUCAAUCACCCGCUCGGCCCAUCCCCCCUUUUCCCAGAGGCUCCGCCCACUUCCUGUCGCUCAAGCUUAAUUCCGUGUAUAUUAUUGUAUUUUAGUUGAAUAGCUGUAACGCACCGACACCUUUUUGUUCUGUAAAAGUGUGUAACACUAGCUAGUGUCAGAACAUGAUGUUUGUUCUUUGUGUCCAACACCAGGGUCGUUUUUCUUUCCUUUUUUUGUUAAAUCUUUCCUUCAUUGUCCAUGGAGCAAUAAGCCUGAAUCUCUUCAGAGGGCAAAACACAUGAAAUGUAAGCUCUAAAAGUUUCUGCAAAGCCUGUUUCAUCAUGUACUUCUCAUAACUUUGCUGUAGUGCAGAAACUUUCCCUCCAAAAAUUUUCCCUCCAAAAAUGCUGAAUCCAUUAUUUGUCUCUCUCUCUCUAACUCCCUGCACUAAUGCGUGUUUCACAAUCUGAUCUGGUGCAAUGUUUCUACCUACACUAUAAUCUGCCUGAUAUAUUUAUGGACUUGUUUUUUUUCAAAACAUUUUCAGCUGUUAAUUACUACAAUUGUUAAAGCUGUUCUUAUUGUUAUGGCUGUAUAGUACUUUUCCCUUAUUGUUUUAUUGGAUAUUUCAGCAUGACUAUUGUUUCAGAGUUGCGGCUUCAAGCUAACUGUACAUGGGUCUUUUUUUUUUUUUUUAGAAGGGAUGUUUUAUUCUAUCCUUUUUUUAUCAUUUUUUUUUUUUUUACCCAGAGCAUGUUUUUGUUUUAAUUCAGUACAAGCAAAUAUUUGUAGCUUACAAAUUAUUGUAGUUUUGCGUAUCUGUCGGCUGAAUGAAUGUGUUUGAAGAGGCGUUCACUAAGCAGGACGGUGUUGUCUCAAAUACUGUGGUUAAAACCCAAUCAGUUUGUUUACUGCAGACCAAAAGAUACAGCACACAGAUUUAUUGAUAAAACAGAGUAUAUAUAUAUAAAUGAAAAUGAUUCAAUAAGUUGCUUUUUUUGUACAGUAUUUUUCCUAUAUAAUACUGUUGGAAUAUUUUCAAGGCACAACCAAUCCAGAGUAGUACAAGAGAAAUAUAUAAUAGCGUAUAUCUACCUACCUAUCUAUCUAUUAUUCAGAGAUAAUUAAAAGAGAGUUUUGAUAUAUUAUGAUAUAACAGGGAGGAAAAAAGCGAAAGCCGCGAUUAUGUCCUCGAAUCUGGGCAUUAAAAACCUUCUGCACCCUCGUUUUUUUCAGAUAGCCUUUAGUAUUCUGUCUCAGGGAACGCUAGCAGCCGGACCUCACACCAGAACUCGCAGCAACAUAAAGAUUAUAUAUAUGUAUAUUGUAGUGGUUUGUUUCCCAUAGGAAGAAGCUGCAAUUCCUCAGUUUAACUGUAAUGGACUUUCAUUACACACAGCAUCUGCAGCAUUGCUAUUGGUUCUUUGAAUGGAAGUCUAAAGGCUACGCUUUCUAGUCUAUACAAAUGAGUCUUUUACAAAGCAGAGUGUUGAUAUUGAAUGUUUAGUGCGGCAGCUUUUGCUUGGGUUGAAUGUUAUAAAAGUCUUGUCAAUGGAGUCACUGGGUACGUUCGGACUAUAUGUGAAAAGGAGUGUACCAGGUUUUUGUAAGGCGCGUGUCCUGUAGAAGUUUUUCUGGUGUGAGAUCAGUCUAGAUGACGUGGGGUUUAAACCCGGGACGGCUGAUCUCAGGUCAGGUUUGAUUGCUGUUCCUGCUGGUGACUUCAUUGUCGACAGUUAAAGUCCCCGUCUGCCCCAGUUUAGGCCGAAAUUCAGAUGUGCAUAAUAUAGUUGAGGAUCGAUUGAGGGCAGAAAUGGCACUUUCUUUGUUUCUUUUAAUUUCCCUUUAUUUUUAAUGUCUGUUUGUUUCUUUUGUGUGUGUGUGUGUGGUAUAAAUGCAGAUGUGAGACACACGUGUAUAAAGCCCUGUGUAGACUGUGUCCAAAUGUACAAAACUUAAAUAAAUCCAGGAUUAAGCCAAA